GUUUAUUCGGCUACCGUCUGUGUAGGUAAUAUGAUUCGGGUCAUACCUUCGGGUGAUUACGGCAGAGAACUUGUCAUUUAGGGUACCUAGCCUCAGCUCCAUGCUAACUGUUAUAGAAUUAUCAACAGAGUGCCUGCAGAAGUAGGCAACUAGUUAUACGUGAGUCACCAAGCUAUCUACCGGCCAUUGAACAUUUCUGUAAAGUAUAAUACAGUACUUUGACCAAAGAGGCUUCUAAGCAAUGGCAGAAGCAGCAUCCAAGCGAGGGAGUACAAUUGCGGAAAAAAUCGAACAAUUCCGCUGUCUGGGUUUGAAGGAUUGCCCACAGAGGUCUCCGGGUCAUGAAGAGCUCGGGUGGAAAAAUUCCUGUGCUACACGACAUGAUGCUUUACCGCGGGCCUCUAAGGAUGCAGCUGCUGGGCGAGUGCGACCAGGCCGUCCCACAGCCCCAGCACCACUUCUACAAACACAGAACCAGCAGGUACAGCUUCACCACGAAGAUCCCGACGCACGUGAUCAGGGUAUCGGCCAAAGGAAACCACCGCACGCGCGCCCGGCCUCUCGCCCGGCUCAAGUCAGCCCCUCCACAGCUGCCGCUCCCAUCACCACGUCCCCCUCCGUCAGCAGCAGCUCGGCAGCCUUGCUGCGCCUUGCACACGAGCACCCCUAUCUGUACCAUGCAGUGCUGUCACUUGAGCGCGGCCCCGACGUGCGCCUACCGGAUGCCGUCGUGGUCAGCCAGGCCCGCGCUCGCUCUACUGCUGAUGUCGGCGCUGAUACGGUAGCUGCAGUUGCGGAAAGCGUAGGGCUGGUGCAGGAGGAGGAGAAUGUUGAUCAUUUGCUUGCUAGGUACCGGCCCAGAGGUGCCUGUCGUACAGAUGAAUCGCGUGUCUGCAGUAACACUCCUGCGGAGACCGCUGUUGCCGUACUUGCCACGUCUGUGUCCAGGGCAGCCUCCCCCCGCUCGCAGCAGAAUGCAGUUCAUAUCGCAAAGCCAUCAUGGCCACAGCCACCGUACUUGGCCGCGGGUUCGUCAGGAGGAGCAGCGUAUGCACGACCUGGAGGCGGAGCGACGUCAUAUAACGGCAGUGAUGCAGGUGCGGGUUCGGGGUCGUCGCCGGGGCGACGGUCUGUGGUGGCGCCAGCAGCAGCAGCGGCAUCAUCGUGGCCGGCGACUGAGGUGGCCUUGGCAGCAGCAGCAGCUGCCGCCAAACUUCCAUCCUCAGGAAAGCUGCAGAAGUUCCUCCAGCCUGCCACUGAAGCCAACGCCAGCAAAGCCGUCUGCCCGCGCCUCCCGGCCUCUGCGGCUAGUGUCGGCGGCGCUGCAGGAACGUCAUUGAGGCCGGCGUCACAGCCCGGGGUUGUGCACUCCGCCGCGGCCAGCGAAGCCUCUGGCCUGAGGCAAUGGGAUCGGCCUCAUCAGCAGCAACAGCAGCAGUCUUCCGUGGCACCCGUGGCCGAUGCUCCCAGUGGGCGACGUUCCAGGCAGGGCUCAGGUGCCCGCAGCGUAACGGAUUUGUUAUCGGAGCCCAGCCUUUCUUCUUUUUAUGUGCUGGAAGCAAUAACGUCUGCUGCCGAGGUUGUGUCACCCGCACAAUUGCAAUCACAAGUGCCUGCAGCAAAGCUAGCAGAGGGCAUGGCGCCGCCGCCGCGGGCAGCUGCUGCACCCGCGGAAGCCGCCGGCAUAGCACCUCCUGCUGACGGGGUGCCAUCUGUUGUUGCAGCAGGCCCCUCAACGUCGAGCCCCUCAAUCUCGGCAGCAGCGACACCCGCAGUGCCAAGCGAGAUGACUUGUGUAGCAGCGACGCCGUCGGUGGCAGCCGGUGCAUCGGAAUCCGACAGCAUGCAGUCAUUCGCUUUUGUUACGCCGGCGGCCGCUACUGUGGGGUCGGUGACGCUGUCAGCAGCGGAUUCUACUACUGGGGUUGCCACGGCACGAAGAGUGCAAUUCUCUCCCAACCAGCCGCAGGUUCGCCUUUUUUUCGAGGGCGCCAUUCCCCAAGGGCCGUCCGCCAGUUCAACAGGGUAUCCAACAGCCCCCGCCGGUGGAACUGCCGCCAGGGCCACAGCCGCCGGCACCGACGCCAGCGGCACCUCCAGCAACAGCCAUUCUGCGCCGUCCCCUAGCGCCGUGCAGCCUGCGUUCCUGCUGCCCUCCCAGGGGCAGUGCCCCGACCCCAACGCACAGUGUCCCACGCAUGUCUUCGUCCCAGCGGACCCCUGGCUGCCUCCGGCUCUGGUGGCUCUUCCGGGCUUUGAGCCGCUGCCGCCUAGCAGCCUGGUCACCAGGCCGGUUGCUAGGGCUGCGGCUGCGCCAUCACAGCGACGUCCCAAUAGCAGCAGCCCCAGUCCUGCAAGGCACUCCCGCGAUAACUCGCCUCGACUGCGAGCACCAACGUCGUCUUCUGCCCCUGAGGACCCCGCCAUGCGGCAGGAGCCACCGUUGACGCCCCCUGCAGUCGCCGGUACAGCACUGGCCACCGGCCCUGCCUCGCCCGACCCGCAAGCCGUCGCCAGCACACCCGCUCCUGACGCCUGGGCAAGUCAGGCGGCAGCAGCUGCUGCAGCUGGUGCGCUGGCUGGCAGCACUGCUGUGGGGUCUGAGGUUGAUGUGGUGUCACAUGCUUCUGCUCUGGCUGCCGAGGCGGGUGGCCCCGUAAUCGGCUCGGACUCGGAGCUUGAAAUGGAGAUGCUGGCAGCAGACCAGGUUGCUCACGAGGGCAGCAUCCCUCCCCGCAAUCGCCUGACGCGGCUGCUGGAGGAGGUGGCGGCUUUCAAGCGAAGCGAGGGCGAGCGGGUGUUGCGAGAGGGGGAACGGCUCAAGGUGCUGGGGGAACUCAAGGAAAUGACCAUGGAUCAGCUGGAGGCGCUGCUGGGGCCUGAUAGCCAGCUGCUCAAGGAGGCCAAUCGCUUCAAAAACCAGUACACGGAGGAUAUGGCGCACGUCAAGGCGGAUGCAGACGACCACAUCCGCAUGGUAUUGGAUGCGCUGCAAGCCGCUAGCGACUCGGCGGCCUCCGUGAAGAAUGCGGUGACGCAGUCCGCACUGGAUCAGCAGGAGGAGGUGCUGCAGCUCCUAGACAGGCUUACACCACAGCCACAUGCGCCACCACCGCAGCAGCAUCAGCAGCUAACAGCAUUGCAGCAGCAGCCAGCUACCCAGUUGGAAGCGCUGCUCAGGCUGCUGCAGCAGCCACCUCAGCAGACGGUGUCGUAUGCAGUACAGCUAGGCCGACAAAUCAGCAACCCGCUAGCAGAGCUGCUCCUAGGCAAUGUUCCUUCCACUUCUGACCUGCUGAACCCCACCUGGUGGACUUGCCUGCUGAGUCCACCAUACCUGGACACGCUGGCGGCAUGCAAAGCAGCCGCUGGCGCCGCCCACAGCGCUGGUGCUAGCGCUAGCGUGGGAGUGGCCGACCUUGUGGGUCCGGGUCGCCAGGGGCGGGCAGUGGCAGCGCCUGGGCCUGGGGUAGGGGCUGCAAAAGCAGGGGCUCCAGGGGACCUACUGGCGUACCAGGUCGAAGGGCUUGCCAGCACCGUCCGCACCUCCCUGGACGACCCAUUGGCUGCGGGUCUACCUGGGGCGGCCGCGGAGGAGCUGUCUGUGAGCGCCAUCACGCAGACGGCUCGUCAGGUGUCCCAGGCGUUGGACCUGGCGGUGCAGGAUUACCUGGACCGGACCAGUCAGCCCAUAACUACAACGAUGCACUCUGCAGCCUCUGCGCUAGACCCUGCUGGCCCCGCUCUUACAAACAGCCCGCCUGCGCCACCCCCGCUGCCGCAACCGUCGUCGUCAAUUCAGCUGCCGGCAGGAUGGCUCCAUGCAUGUCCCAACAAAAUUGCGAUUGCUGGGCUGCAGCCGCAACCCGCCCAGAUAGCCGCCGGUUUCACGCCAGGCUCCGGAGCGGAAGGUGGCCCAUGGGCCGCACCUUCCGUGAUCGCAUUGUCUACUCACAACACUCCUAUUGUGAGUUCUGGUGGAGCCGUCGACAGUAACACCGCCGGGCUUAUUCAGCCUGAGGUUGCUUUGUGCAGCAACCCUGCUACCAUCGCUGCUGUCGCCGCUGAUCCCGCGGCAGCCGCGCCACGGCAGCUGAUUGCCGUACACGGCGCCCUUCCUUCCAGCGGCGUCAGCAGUGCUGCGCUGCUUGACCUGCCGUCAUGCAGUUCAGUGCCGGCAGCGGCUGUCGGUUGUCGCCAUGCUGCCGUGCUCGGGUGUGCUCAGCCCAGCGCAGAAGGGGUAGAGGUCGCCGCAGGUGGCACGGCGCCAGGGGAGGGGCUGCCAGGUUGCCGAGCGGUGCAGCAAGCGCCUUCAUGCCACCCACCACCGCUGCAUACCGAGGGCCGGCAGCCUAUCCCUUUCUCCUCAGGCCCGCAUAGCCCGCCUGUAUCGGCCCCCAACGCAUCACCCACGGCCACUGGAAUCAUGCAAGUACGGCAAAUGCAUGGCACUUUGGGAGCCUCAGCCCCUGCGGGUGCGCCGUCGAUGUAUGAUUUGCAGCAGGACGCCUGGGGGGGAGCUCCUGGGGCACUGCUUCCACCGCCUGCAACAGCAGCUGUCGUGGCACCCACAGCAGGGCUAGCGCAGUCUGCUCAGCUACCUUCAUUCGGACCUGCAUCGUACGUCCCAGAAGCAUCAUUAACUUUCUCUGCACCCCAUCCUUGCGGACUUUUACCGCUUGCGUACACAGCGGCAGUUGUGGCAGGACCACGAUUGAGGUCCGCUGUGAGGCAGCCGGCGGGAUCAAUGUGGCAGCAGCCCGGCUCUCAGGAGCCGUUUGGUGGUGAUGGCAUGCAUGGUUGGAGUACAUCGGGAUAUGGUAGGCCCGACCGUUUGCCAACAGAAUCAUACAUGCAGCACAAUAGCUGUGUGUCUCACCGACAGGAACAGCAGGUGGACCCAGAACAGGUCAAGAGGCGCUCGCCACCACAGCAUUGCAGCGGUUGCAGCUGGUCUGGCGUGUCUACACUUGUUCAGCUGCCUCUGCGGCCAGUUCUUCUUCAACAGCAUGUUUCCGCAGCUAGACGCGCUGCAUGCCAAGGGCAGCUGCAGCCACACUAUUCUUAUGGCAGAGUUGGACCUUCUGAGCCGCAGACCCUGCCGCCCCAAGCCGUCGAUGACGCGACUACCAGACCACAGUUGCCUGCGACACGCUCAGAGGAAUCCGUAAACCCUGGCCUCCCACUCGAUUGUGUUCCUGGACUGCCCGGCAGUUCACGGCACCUGAAGGUCCAGCUUCACAUGCAGCCACGGGGCCCUUGCUCUGGGGAACAACAGCAACCACUCUCCCUCCUGCACUCGCAGCCCUCACAACAGCAACCAUCCUGUGCUGCGGAGCCCCUUAUCCAACAAUCUUGGUCACAAGAACCGUCCAGUGUUCAGCGGCCGCUGUAUAGUAGCGGCCCAGUUUGCCAACAGCCGUGCCCUGCCCUGCCCGUUGGGUUAUAUACCGUAAUACGCUCAGAAGAGGUGCCGCGAGCAUAUCAGACGACGUGGGAGCAGGUGCGCGCUGUGUAUCAGAGCCAGGGAUAGGCAGUGGUGCAUGUUAAGGGGACUGGGGUGGCUCCUUGUAGUUUCAUGUGCAUCGCAGAAGGUACUGCCCUAGAAAUGUGCAGCAUAUGAAUUAUGGACGAAUUCAUGCGCUAUAAGGCAUGAAAGCAUGAGGAAGAGUGACAGGCAGGCAAUAUCUUGGCGUUCUAUGUUCAACACUCUUUUGUGCAGAGUCGUAAGCCGUACAGCGCAUGGGGUGUUCGUUUCGUUGUUUCUGCGAGAAGGAACAUUUUUAUCUCAAUGUUAGGUAGGGCAGUGUUACCGAUGGGCCCUUUAGUAGGUCUAUAAAUCUGCCUCUUUUUUUUGGUCAGCCAUCCUACCCGGUUGUCAAAGAAGCUGGCGCUGUUUGCGUCCAGGCUUGUAUCAUGUAUGAGCGGUCGUGCCGUUGACGGUCAGGAGUGAUGGAGUAUGCAUCGGUGAUCAGGUAUUGCAGGCUUAGGACAGGGGAUAUACGGUAUGAAUCAAGGGAUGGAGGGAAGGAAAAGCGGCGGAUAUCAGGAGGGACGCUGCAUGCUCCGUGCCAGGCCAGUAAUGCGCCGAC